UACUCUCUCUUUGAUUUUUGUUUGGUGGUUGCAAAGAGGUGAAAUUUUUUCAACUCCAAUUCACCUCCCCUCUUGGAGUACAUUGGGCCAACAAUUGGUAUCAGAGCAAGGGCUCCAAUUUGAAGGUUUAACCACCUAGGAGUUGAUCGGGGAUGGCUUAAUUUCAAGCUUCUCAACCACUUGAAGGUUGAUUUACCAUUAAGCCUCCUUUCUUUGAUGGUACUAAUUAUAAUUAUUGGAAGAAUAGGAUGAAGGUCUACAUGCUUGCAAAUGAGCCUAGGGCAUGGAUUGUGACUAUGAAAGGUCUAUAUCUGCCCAUGAAAGUUGUUGGAGAAAAGGAGGUGCCAAAGGAGGAAGUUGAAUGGAAUGAUGAAGACUUGGGGAAGAUCAUGAUCAACAACAAAGCAAUCAACAUGCUUCAAUGUGCCCUCAAUCCAAUGGAAUUCAAUAGAGUUUUCGAGUGUAAUACGACUAAGGAGAUGUGGGACAAGUUAGAAGUUCUUGGUAAAGUUUAUCCUUCUCAAGAAGUGGUGAGGAAGGUUCUUAGAAGCUUGCCUAAGAAUUGGGAAGCCAAGAAAACCGUAAUUGAAGAGUCUAAGGAUCUCAACAAUCUCAAGCUUGAUGUUCUCAUUGGAAAAUUGAUGACAUAUGAGAUGGAUAUUCAAGUUGAUGGUGGAGUUGAAGUAGUUGAGAAGAAGAAAAAUGUUGCAUUCAAGGCUAGCAAACAAAAAGAAGAAAGUGAAGAUGAUGCUAGUAAUGAUGAGUCUAGUAGAAAACCAAGUAAGAAGCAUAUCAAAUGCUAUGAGUGCCACAAGAUGGGGAAUUAUAGAAAUGAAUGCCCUCAAUUGAAGAAGGGUGAGAGGAAAGAGAAGAAAAGCAUGAAGAAGAAAGCUUUUGCUACCACUUGGAGUGAUAAUGAGACUAACUCAACGGAAAGUGAAAGCUCCUUGGAGAAUGGUGUUGCAAAUCUUUACUUCAUGGCUCAAGAGAAUAACUACAAUGAUGAGGAGGUAAACUCUAACUUCUCUAGUUCAAUUAAUGAAAGUUCCUUUGAGUAUUCUUAUGAUGAUUUAUGUAAAGUUCUUGACUGCUAUAUGAAUGAUAUCAAGAAACUAGAGAAUGAGAAUCUUGCUCUUACUAAAACCAUUUCAUUGCUUAAAAAUGAGAUUGAAUCUCUUUCAAAACAAAAUGAGGUUUUAGUUAAAGAAAAUGCCUCCUUAAAUGUUGAGAUUGCAUCUUUAAAGAAUGAAGAGCAUGAAGAAGAAAGCUUUUGCUAUUACUUGGAGUGAUAAUGAGACUAGCUCAAUGGAAAGUGAAAGCUCCUUGGAGAAUGGUGUUGCAAAUCUUUGCUUCAUGGCUCAAGAGAAUAACUACAAUGAUGAGGAGGUAACCUCUAACUUCUCUAGUUCAAUUAAUGAAAGUUCCUUUGAGUA